CCGGCGCGUCCUUUGGCCUGAUUCCUCAUUCCUUUUUGUUUUACCUUGCCUUACCUGAAGGAUCGCUUAUUCGCACUGACGGGUGUUUCCCAAGGCAUCUGACCACCGCUGCUAGCGUGAUUGGCCGCUUUCCCCGCCCAUCAACAAUUCACACAGCGCCGCCAUGGCUUCUCGAAAGAAGGUCCUUCUGAAGAUCAUCAUCUUGGGCGAUAGCGGUGUCGGCAAGACAAGCUUGAUGAACCAAUAUGUCAACAAGAAGUUCAGCGCCAGCUACAAGGCCACGAUCGGAGCCGAUUUCCUGACGCGGGAGGUGAUGGUGGACGAUAGGCAGGUGACCAUGCAGCUCUGGGACACAGCAGGACAGGAACGCUUCCAAUCUCUAGGCGUGGCCUUCUACCGGGGAGCCGACUGCUGCGUGCUGGUGUUCGACGUCAACAAUUCGAAGAGCUUCGACGCGCUCGAUAGCUGGCGGGACGAAUUCUUAAUUCAGGCGUCGCCACGAGACCCGGAUAACUUCCCAUUCGUCGUGCUGGGGAACAAGAUUGACGUGGAGGAGAGCAAGAGAGUGAUUUCGACUAAGCGAGCAAUGACUUUCUGCCAGUCCAAGGGAGGUAUCCCCUACUUUGAGACGAGUGCGAAGGAGGCUAUCAACGUGGAGCAGGCGUUCGAGGUCAUUGCGCGGAACGCGCUGCUUCAGGAGGAAUCAGAAGAGUUCAGCGGCGACUUCCAGGACCCUAUCAACCUCCACCUCGAGAGCGAGCGGGAGGGAUGCGCGUGCUGAAUGCAGCGGUUGAAUUGAUCCGGAUUUUUUGAGGGUUUGUUUGUAGGAUACCAGGCUUCGUGCGUUGGUCGUGUUGGUCGUGUAUCGCAACAGAGCUGGGGCUGGCAUUUGAACGAGGAACUGACAGAGGGUUCCCCAGGAUGCUCGAUAGAGGUUGCAUGGGUGUACGUAGGAAUAGGGCGAAGGGAUUCAGGAUGAUGAUGCUGUGUUCACUGCUCUAGACUGUGGUAAGUAUUGGCACUCCCUGAAUGGAUGCUCACAAUGAGGAUUCAGGACUUGCGAAAGCAACCUUGAACCUUGUCUUGAUACCUUGAUGAGCCCAUGAUGGUUUGACGAAAGAGCCACCACCUAUCGAUGUGCUUUGUUCAACCCUA